AUGAAGAGCUUCAAUUACUGUAAGAGGUUUAUUGAUAGUCAAAUCAAACUAUUGAACAAUACUUUGGUGAUUGAUGAUGAUUUGAAGGAAGUUUGUGAUGAUGAAGGGUUAUCACUUUCAGAAUUAAAAAUUAUUAUAACCAAGAUCAAUGUAUUGAUUAAACGACACAAUAACAAUGAGUUUCAACCUAGAAUAUCUAAUCAAAUCAUUAAUCAAAUCUUAAAGUAUGAACGGGAGAAGGUCACCAUGGUCCAUGAACGUUUACGACAAGUGGAGAAUAUGGUAAAACCUUUGAUUUUACCCGAGAUCGAUUACCUAAACCCUCAAAAUUUGAAACAAUUAGAUACUUUGAUAAAUGAAUUACCCGAGUCUAGAUAUUUGUUCAUAAACAACGAUAAGCAAGAGGAUGAAGGUGAAGAUACUUCUGAAACUGAAAAUGUUGAUCAAGAUGAGGAAGAUAUACUAGUUCAAGAUGAUGAAGAAAUGAUAACUGAAGAAGCUAACACUUUGACGACAAAAUCGUUUAAAAAAGCCGUAUAUAAAGAGAUUAGUGAUAAUAUUAAAAUCAACGAAACAUUACUUGACGAUUAUGAAACCACCAGACUUGAAUUAAUUGAAUUAAAUCAACACUUACAGUAUAAAUUCAAGAAAUUACAAUAUUUAACAUCAUUAAGAUCUAAAUUAUCUUCAUUAAUUGAUGAUAAAUCCAAUGAAUUGACCAAAUUUAAAAUACUUGUUGAUUCCAUUAAUUAUAAAAUGGAUCAAUCAAACAAACAAGAGAUAAUAACUACUAUUAAAGAAAGCAUUAAUUAG